AGCACAACAACAACAAAGGGGGAAGAGAAAGAAACAUGUAAAAACCCAAACAAUCCACAAAGAAAGACACAAACACAUUGUUUUGUUACUAUUACUUAAGUAAUCUUGAAUUAAUUAAUUAAUUAAUUAUUAUUAUAAUAUUUAUUUGUAUUUAUUGUACUAAUAAAUAAAUAAUAACUUGGAAGAACACAACACCGGAAUCAACGCUCUCCAAUUGGCGUUACAAAUCUGAACACCACCUCCGAUCCAAUCCAACCACGACACAACUCUAUAACACCAACGUUGACACUGUUCAUUCUUCUUUUUCACUUUCCCUCCGUCACUGCAUUUUCUUCACACUUUCUUCUUCCGUUUCAUAUUUUUGCGGGGGUUUUCCUCAGAUCCCUGCAUUCAAUCACAGGGUUGGAUGUAAAUGAAUGUUGUUGAUAGACUGCGGAUGCAUAUGGGGAAGCUGAAGGAAUGUCUUGAACUUAGAUGAAGAAAGAACAUGCAUGGCCGCAGUUCAUAAGAAAUCUUCUGAUCAUGGUAGGAUCAAGACAACGAUCAAAUUUGAAGAGGCCUACUUGGAUUAUUGUUUUAGUGUUCUUAGUGUGCUUUUUUCUAAUUGCUGCUUAUAUUUAUCCUCUACGGAGCCCCUCAACGUGUUCUUUGUUUAACUCUAAAAGUUGUAGUGUUGUUGGUGGUGUUAGUACGUUUAUUCAGCCACCACCCGUGCAGACACGGGAAUUAACCGAUGCAGAGAUUCAAUCUCGGGUUGUUAUUAAUGAAAUUCUUAAUUACUAUACUGUUCAAUCCAAGGUCCCAAAAGUUGCUUUUAUGUUUUUGACCCCGGGUUCGUUACCUUUCGAGAAGCUCUGGCACACAUUCUUCCGGGGCCAUGAAGGAAAAUUCUCUGUCUAUGUACAUGCAUCAAAGGAAAAACCGGUACACGUCAGCCCCUAUUUUGUUGGCCGAGACGUCCACAGUGAACCGGUGUCUUGGGGAAAAAUUUCUAUGGUUGAAGCAGAAAGGAGACUUUUGGCAAAUGCACUUUUAGACCCUGAUAACCAACAUUUCGUCUUGUUGUCUGAUAGUUGUGUACCGGUGCGCCGCUUUGAUUUUGUGUACAACUACUUGUUAUUAACAAGUGUCAGCUUUAUUGACAGCUAUGUGGAUACUGGUCCUCAUGGAAAUGGCAGGUAUAUAGAACAUAUGUUGCCUGAAGUAGAAAAGAAGGAUUUUCGAAAGGGUUCACAGUGGUUCUCGAUGAAACGACAGCAUGCUAUAAUAACUAUGGCGGACAGCCUGUAUUUUAACAAAUUCAAGCAUCAUUGCAGGCCAAAUAUGGAGGGAAAUCGCAACUGUUAUUCCGAUGAGCAUUACUUGCCAACAUUUUUUAAUAUGCUUGAUCCAGGUGGAAUUGCAAAUUGGUCGGUAACGUAUGUUGAUUGGUCUGAAGGAAAAUGGCAUCCUAGGUCAUUCAGGGCUCGUGAUAUUACUCACCAACUCAUGAAAAAAAUAGCAUACAUCGAUGAAAGUCCGCAUUAUACAAGUGAUGCAAAGAGAACAGUGGUGAUCACGCCGUGCGAAUUAAACGGCUCAAAACGAUCUUGUUAUCUAUUCGCCCGGAAGUUUUAUCCGGAAACUCAAGACAAAUUGAUUAAACUUUUCUCAAACUCCACAACAUUCUAAAGUAUUUAUAAAACUGUAUCAUUCUUUGGCGCGAAUCAACACCAUGUGGUCCCCAGCCAUCUUUGCACAUAUAUCUUAUUUCGAGACGUUCCCGAGGCAGAUGGAUAUAUUUAUUAGGAAGACACAGAAGAUGGUUAGAUCAAAACUUGAUUUUCUGGGGGCUUGAUGGAACUUCUGAGCUUGUAUGGUUGGAUAAUUCGAUGUUCCUAUUUUACAAUAUUUGGUUUGUUGUAUUUGAAACAUGAUAGAUAUUUAUGGAGGAUGGAAAGUUUUGAUAUUCUUGAUAGGCUUAGGGAGGGUGGGAUAAGGUUAUGUUUAAAUUUUGACUCUAGAAGCUAACUGUUGUUGCAUUGAAAUUUUUCUGCAGUCAUGCAUAAAUAUAGUUCAGCAGUUAUGCAGAGUUUGUCUCAUUUUUUUUAUAAAUGCUUAAAUGUUUGAUUUUGUAUGAUGAUUGAUUUAUAAAAUAGUAGUAAUUGUUUUGA